GUGAGUAGCGGGAGGUGUCGGGCAGUGACAAUACGGAGCAUAGUGUGAGGGGGGAGCGCUAAUAAUGAGUGUUACAAUAAGGCAAGUAGCUGCCGGAUAUACAGCUCAUAGUGUGCUCAGUCCUCUCAGCCGAUGAUAUUGCACAAAAAACAGCCGCAAGCGCCCGACUGGGUUCGCUCAGAGCCGACCCGGAGAUUUAUACAAAUAUCGCGCCCCCAGGACCCCGCAGUGAUUCCCUUCUCCUCCCCCUCACGCCCCCCUCCGGCUGCACUUGGUCCUGGGCUCGGCUGAAGCCCCCAAACUGCUUCUCCUCCUGUUGCUUCAGCUCCCGGCCCCGCUCAGCGAGGAGGAGGCGGGAGAUGGAGCAGGUGCCGGAGGACUCGAGCCCCCCUUCUUCGCUCCAGAGUCGGCUGUGGAAGAGUCUGCAGCUCGGGAAGGCACGUAGUAAAAGUAAUAGUAAUAGUAACAGUAGUGGAAGCAGCGGCAGGACGGGAGGAGAGCGUCGCAGUGCAGUUACACCGUGUCAUUCCCCGCAGCCCGCACGGAACAAGGAUUUAGCAGCUCAGGCGCCGAUGCUCGAGGAGGUCGUACCCGGCAUGAUCCGCUGGAGCGGACUGAAGCGGAGGGAGCAGAUGCUGGAUCGGGUAUUCUCGUCUUCCCAGCCGAACCUCUGCUGCUCCGUCGCCGAAUCUCUGCCGCCCAGCGCCCCCUGCAGCAGCCCCGGCAGUAUCAGCAGCACCCCCGAGCCUGGCUCUGCCCUCCGCCGCCUCAAGGAUCACCUUCUGCCGCACAAUCGGGGCACCCAGGCGAGGGACAAGGAUGGAGAAGGGCAGCAGCACAAAUCUCCCACCCCAGGGAAAGGAAACCGUGUGUCCCAGCAGAAGAUCUCCCCUCUGCCCGCCACUGACUGUCUGCAACCCGCCCUGCUGCAAUCCCUCAGCACCAAGGACAGCGACCCCGCCAGCAGCAAAGCGAGAGGCUCCACGAAGAACAACAACAACGUGGGGACAUGUACCACUGACUAUUUAUUCCCUAAUCUCGGAAUGUACCAGCUGGAUGUCACAUUGAACAAUGGGACCAAUUUAGCAGCACGUGAUCGAGGAGGGACAAGUGAUCCUUAUGUUAAGUUUAAAAUUGGAGGCAAAGAGGUUUUUCGGAGCAAGACCAUUCACAAGAAUCUCAAUCCAGUUUGGGAUGAAAAAGUGUGCCUGUUUAUUGACAGUAUAAAGGAGCCUUUAUAUGUAAAGGUAUUUGAUUAUGACUUUGGUUUGCACGAUGACUUUAUGGGUUCAGCAUUUCUGGAUCUCACAACAGUGGACCUGAACAGUUCCAAAGAUGUUGCACUGGAUUUAAGGGACCCGCAGCACUCUGAUCACAAGCUGGGAACCAUACAUUUGACUGUUGCUCUUUCUCCAAAGGACAAUAUCUGCAUUGAUUCACCAUUAUCGAUCCUCAAGUCAGCAGAGCAAAACACAAUCAUAAAGAAGAACUGGAAAAGGUCGAGUAAGUUUCAGACUCAAAGUUUAAAGCUGCCCGACUUGCACAGAAGGUCACAGCUAUCAAGAGGGAUAGUGAGCAUUACCCUUAUUGAGGGGCAGGAGCUCAAAGCUAUGGAUGCUAAUGGAUUAAGUGACCCCUAUGUGAAAUUCCGACUCGGACAUCAAAAGUACAAGAGCAAGACUCUUCCUAAAACAUUGAACCCCCAGUGGAGGGAGCAGAUUGAUAUGCACAUUCUAGAGGACCAAGGAGGAGUAAUUGAAAUCACUGUAUGGGAUAAAGAUGCCGGCAAGAGGGAUGACUUUAUUGGAAGGUGCCAUGUGGACUUUUCAACCAUGAGUAAAGAGAAAACACACAAACUGAAGCUGAAGCUGGAAGAAGGAGAAGGAUGGCUGGUCCUUUUGGUGACUCUGACAGCCUCGUCUGUCGUUACUGUUUCAGAUCGGACUGUCGGCUGUCUGGAGGAUCAGAAUGAGCGUGAGGCAAUUUUCAGGAGAUACAGUCUUAUGAGAUCAUUUACCAACCUUGAAGAUGUUGGUCUCAUACAAGUUAAGGUCAUCAGAGCUGAAGGUUUGAUGGCAGCUGAUGUCACAGGUAAAAGUGACCCAUUUUGUGUUGUCGAGGUGAACAAUGACAGACUUAUGACUCACACUGUAUAUAAGAACCUCAACCCUAAGUGGAACAAAAUAUUUACAUUCAAUAUAAAAGAUAUCCACUCAGUCCUUGAAGUGACAGUUUAUGAUGAAGACCGAGAUCGCAGUGCUGAUUUCCUGGGCAAAGUUGCAGUACCCUUGUUGUAUAUUCAAAAUGGUGAACAGAAAGCCUAUGUCUUGAAAAACAAGCAGUUGACAGGGCCAACAAAGGGGGUCAUCUAUCUUGAAGUAGAUGUGAUUUUUAAUGCUGUAAAGGCAUGUCUGGGGUCACUGGUACCAAAAGAACAGAAAUACAUUGAGGAUGAGUCAAGGCUCUCUAAACAGUUACUGCUAAGGAACUUUAUCCGCAUGAAGCGUUGUGCCAUGGUGCUCGUCAAUGCUGCCUACUACAUUAACAGCUGCUUUGAUUGGGACUCACCCCAAAGGAGUCUUGCUGCUUUUCUGAUCUUUCUUCUUGUGGUAUGGAAUUUUGAAUUGUACAUGAUUCCCCUGGCAUUGUUGCUGUUAUUGGCUUGGAACUAUUUCCUAAUCAUAUCAGGAAAGGACAACAGAACUCAUGACACGGUAGUGGAGGACAUGUUAGAGGACGAAGAGGAGGAGGAUGACAAAGAUGACAAGGAUUGUGAGAAGAAAGGCUUUAUGAAUAAACUCUAUGCCAUCCAAGAGGUGUGUGUGAGUGUCCAGAAUGUUCUUGAUGAAGUUGCCUCCAUCAGCGAACGGAUAAAAAACACUUUCAACUGGACAGUCCCAUUCUUAACCUGGCUGGCGAUUAUUGCCCUCUGCCUUCUCACAGUAGGGCUGUAUUUUAUUCCGCUGAGAUACAUCGUCCUUCUAUGGGGAAUCAAUAAAUUCACAAAGAAAAUACGGAGCCCAUAUAUGAUUGACAACAAUGAAAUUAUUGACUUUCUCUCCAGGGUUCCGUCAGAUGUACAAGUGGUGCAGUUUCAUGAACUGAAACCAGAUGCCAAGGAUAGUCCAAGCAAGAGGAAGAAAAAUAAUCUUGGCUAGCCAACUCUACGCAUCACGGAGAAAGGCAUCUGCUAGUGGGAAAUAAAAGGAUGCCCUACAGCCUCACAUGCAUUUUCAUUGUUUAUGUUAACUUUUCUUGUGAUUUUUUUAUCAUGAUGGAGACAAUUUGUAAAUAUUGUAUAAAGAUAAACACUGUACAAAACGACUUUGAUAAAAUAUGGGAGCUUGCCUUUUGCUGUGUGAAUGCUUUGCUCUGGCCAGUAAUGCUAUGCUCAGAAAAUAACUAUUUUAUCAGCAUUCAGUAUAAUGUAGAUGCUGUUUUAUUAUAGUAGAUUGCAUAUGGCAUUGACUGCUGUAGAUUGCAUAUGGCAUUGAUAUACUGAGAUUGGCUUUGAGACGAUGCGCAUGCAUGUAUGCACAAGCUAAAAAUAUCAUACCUAUAUAGAGUAUUUAUUUUUGUCUGAUGACUAAUAUUAUGCACUUUUAGAAUCAGUGCCUAAAAGGUCCUUUGUGUCACAAACAUUAGUUCAGGUCUCUUUCGUGACUUAAUAUUGUAAACCACUAUCCUGUGAGCUCUUCCUUUGGGUUUCCUUCAAGUUUGACUAUGGAAAGAAAAUACCAAUGAUCAAAAUGUCAGGAGAGGUCAUUUUAAAACGAGAGUUCAGCCUGCAGAGUGCAAAAAAGGCUACAGCAGGCCAUUUUUUGCACUUCACACACUGCUUUUUGCUUUUGCCGAGUAUCAUAAGUGAACAGUUGCACCCUGAGAAAUAAAAAAGUACCCCUACUGUGUUGUAUCUAUGGAAAAUAAACCGGAGAACACUCUUACUGCAACUGAAAAUGUGCUAAAUAUCCAACUAAAUACUGAAGCGCUGAGGUUUAAGUAACAGUGAUUUGGUUCAGGACAUCUGAAUUAGGUUACAAAUGACUCCCCAAACACAUUCAUAUGAUAGUUUUAAACUGUACAGGUUACAGGGCCUAAAAUACACACCCAGACAUGGGUCUAUGCAAAGUUUUUGUUUGCAUAUUAAGAUUAUUUAUUAAUAAUUAUAGGAUACAACUUAUUGCUAUUGAUAAAUAACUGGACAGCCACUGAAUUGUUGUUCACAUUUAAAUUAACUUUGAGUAUAAUGUAUUCUAAUGGUAUUCUGAGACUAUUUGCAAUUGAUUUUCUUGUUUUUUUUAAUUAUUUUGGUAUUAUUUGGUUAUUAAAUGAUUACGUUUUUUAUUCCGCAGCUCUCUAGUAUGCAGUUUCAGCAAUCUGGUUGAAAAGAUCCAUAUUAGCCUAGCAACCAU